AUGUCUCGAACCCCGAACGACGUGAUUCUCUUCGACGCCCUCCCCCUCGACCCGGAGGGGCCCCGAGGUAACGCGUGGGGAAGAUUCGGCCCAAACGAUCAGCUUGGCACAUUGAACUUGCUUACUCCAGAGGUCAUUGUUGAAGCCGUGAAGGAGAUCGAGACCGGCAUUCGGAUCUCGCUGGACUGGCCACUGAGUAUGCCAAGCUAUCCUAGCUUUGACCGUAGCCCUUUCAAGCACGAGCUCGUUCUGAGAAAGCCCAAUUGCAUCUACGACGACAUUUUGGCAUUUAACAGUCAAGGCUCGACGCAGUGGGAUGGGUUCCGACAUUAUGCAAAUCAAAAGUUGCGCAAAUUUUACAAUGGACAUACUUCGGAAGAGAUUGAGGGCUCAAGUGUUAUCGGCCUGCAUGUUGUUGCUGAGCACGGCGGCAUCAGUGGCCGCGGCGUCCUUCUCGACUAUGCCGACUGGGCAGAAGCACACUCAAUCUCCGUACCUGCCUUUGAAUCUCGAUCCAUAACGCUGGACCAUCUCAAACUUGUGAUUCGUGACCACAACCUCGACUUACGCAAAGGUGACAUCCUCUUCAUCCGAAGUGGUUUCACAGCGGCAUACAACCAGCUGAAUGAUGAGCAACGACGAGAGCUACCCAAUCGGCCAACUCCUGACUUCAUCGGCGUCGAAGCCACCGAGAGAAUGGUCCAAUGGCUCUGGGAUCGUCAAUUUGCCGCUGUCGCGGGUGAUGCACCAAGCUUUGAGCGUGCUCCCAUCCGUGGCAGUCAUGCGGAUCCUGAUUUCAAUCUGCAUGAGUGGCUGCUCGCUGGUUGGGGCACGCCGAUCGGGGAGCUGUUUGAUCUGGAAAAGUUGUCGCGGCACUGUAAGGAGACUGGAAAAUAUAGCUUCUUUUUGUCGAGUAUGCCGUUGAAGGUCAUUGGGGGUGUGGCUAGUCCACCGAACGCGUUUGCCAUCUUUUAG